UCCUCUGGAGGAAAAGAGGCAGUCGGCAAGUGCUGCAGUGGAGGAAAGGUGGCUGACGGCGACCCAGAAGCUGCUUCCGAAAUAAAUCUGAGAAAAGAAAAAUCUCAAGCUGCUUCGUAAAGACGGCGUCAACAUCACAGUUUCCUGGAGGGUUUUUUUGGGGGGUUUUUUUGUUUUUUUUGUGGAUAUCUGAGUUGGGGUCAGAGAGUCCGCAGCCAUGUCGCCUUUCCUGCGGAUCGGCUUCUCCAAAUUCGAGAUGGAUCCCAGUCUGGCCUACCAUGAAGAGGUGCUGGACCCAUACUGUGCCGUCCACAUGAAGGAGGCCAUCGACACAGAGAAGGGCCAAGUGUACAAGCAGAAGAAGCCCACCAUGUACCCGCCGUGGAGCACCACGUUUGACGCCCACAUCCAUCGCGGUCGCAUCAUGCACGUGAUGGUGAAGGACCGGACGGCGGAGCUGAAGUCUGAGGCCACGGUGGCUCUGGACUCGCUGGCGGCACGCUGCAAGAAGGAGAACGGCAAGCUGGAGAUCUGGCUGGAGCUGAAGCCACAGGGUCGCCUGCUGAUGGAGGCCAGAUAUUUCCUGGAGAAAAGUGAUGCUGCAGGUCAGACCGAGGGAGACCCCGAGUCCGAACGGGAGCAAGACGGUCUGUUCGCCCUCCAUCAGCGACGCGGUGCCAUCAAACAGGCCAAAGUGCACGUCGUCAAAUGUCAUGAAUUCAGCGCCACAUUCUUCCCACAGCCAACCUUCUGCUCCGUCUGCAAAGAGUUUGUCUGGGGGCUUAACAAGCAGGGUUACCAGUGCAGACAGUGCAAUGCAGCUAUCCACAAAAAAUGCAUAGACAAAGUCAUUGCCAAAUGCACCGGCUCGGCCAUAAACAGCAAAGAAACGAUGAUCCACAAGGAACGCUUCAAGAUCGACAUGCCGCACAGGUUUAAAGUCUAUAACUACAAAAGCCCCACCUUCUGUGAACACUGUGGGACUCUGCUGUGGGGGCUCGCCAAGCAGGGGCUCAAAUGUGAGGAGUGUGGCAUGAACGUCCAUCAUAAAUGUCAGAAGAAAGUAGCCAACCUCUGUGGGGUCAACCAGAAACUGAUGGCUGAAGCUCUGGCCAUCAUCGAGAGCAAACAGCAGGCAAAAAGCACCAGAGAAUCUGAAAUCAUUGGUCGAGAAGGUCCAGUAGGUGUUGGCCAGCCUGGAGUGGUCCGAGCUCCGUCCGGGUUAAUAAUGGGUCUACCGGCCACGGCUACACCUGCAAACAAAGAUGUGCAGGGUGUUUCAUGGGAGGGACCAACAGACGGCAGCAGGUCGGUCACCGUGGCGUUGAGAGAAGAGGAGCCUCUGUACGCCGUCCCACGGAAGGAUCACCAACCCAAGUUCAGCGUCGAUGACUUUGUCCUGCACAAGAUGCUGGGGAAGGGCAGCUUUGGCAAGGUGUUUCUAGCUGAGCUGAAAAAGACAGGCCAGUUUUUUGCAGUCAAGGCUCUGAAAAAGGACGUGGUGCUGAUGGAUGAUGAUGUGGAGUGCACUAUGGUGGAGAGGAGGGUCCUGUCUUUAGCCUGGGAGAAUCCUUUCCUCACGCACCUUUACUGCACCUUUCAGACCAAGGAGAACCUGUUCUUUGUGAUGGAGUAUCUGAACGGAGGGGAUCUGAUGUUCCACAUCCAGAGCUGCCACAAGUUCGACUUGCAAAGAGCCACCUUCUAUGCAGCUGAGAUCAUCUGUGGGCUCCAGUUCCUGCACUCUAAAGGAAUCAUUUACAGAGACCUGAAGCUGGACAAUGUGCUGUUGGACUCGGAGGGCCAUAUAAAGAUAGCGGACUUUGGCAUGUGUAAGGAGAACAUGCAGGAAGACUUGCGGACCUCCACCUUCUGCGGGACGCCGGACUACAUUGCCCCUGAGAUCCUGCUGGGUCAGAAGUACAACAGCUCGGUGGACUGGUGGUCGUUCGGAGUACUGCUGUACGAGAUGCUGAUCGGUCAGUCUCCGUUCCACGGCCGAGACGAAGAGGAGCUGUUUCAGUCCAUACGGACGGACAACCCCAUCUACCCGCGCUGGCUCACCAAAGACGCCAAGGACAUUUUAGUCAAGCUGUUUGUCAGAGAGCCUGAAGAGAGGCUGGGAGUAAAAGGAAACAUCAGGCAGCACAGUUUCUUCAGCAGCACUGACUGGAUCUCCCUGGAGCAACGGCAAGUGGCGCCACCCUUCAGGCCAACCUUAUCGUCGCCCAGCGACUGCAGCAACUUCGACAAAGAGUUCAUCAACGAGAAGCCUCGGCUGUCAUGUGCCGACCGGACGCUCAUCAACAGCGUUGACCAGACGAUGUUCAGAAACUUCUCCUUCGUUAACCCGGGGAUGGCUCGCAUUGCGCGCUGACCACCUGACCAACAACCUACUACCUAACGAACAAAGCCGCUCAGUCACAACCAGCACUUCACUGUAACUGUUCAAUCAAACUGCAGAGACUUUAGACGCUGAAUGUCACAAAUCUCAACUGUAUCCAUAAACAUGAUGAUGACCACUAAAAGGGGGGUGUGUCCUGGGUGUAAGGCACACACAAACACAACUGUGACACGAUAUUUCGAUAUUUGAUGCACGUCCUUUCUGUCUCUCUCCAUUUUGAAACUUAAAAUAGAAACAUCCACAAAUCUUUAAAAAAAAACAACCAGAAAACAAAACAUCUGUGCUGAGACAGAGAGGCAAAGAAGAUUAAACUAAGACUCUUAACAAUAUACAUGAAGUCCAUUAUGAUACCUCACAUAUAAUUAGACAAUUCUGUGUAGGCUUAAAUCAUAACUCACCAAUUCCUUUCACUUUAAAAGCAUGUAAUUAAUUACAUAUAGAUUUCCCCCUUAAAAGUAUCCAACCCCUAAACUUGCUUCCGUGUUUAUCAGGGUAUAUUUAUCAAUAGAAAAUGUGCUUGUAAUUAACUUAUGGUGCCUCAUAAUACUUUAUGAAGUUCAUGUCUUCAAGUAAAGCAAACGUAGUUGCGAGAGAUUUAGUUACACCAAUUAAAUCUAUUGUCCUGUUUUAUUUUGUGUUUUAUUCCAUAGCAUACUGAGUCGUUUACCUCCAUUUUGGUACAGAUGUUACGGCCCUUUGUUGUGUAAAUAACUGUUAAGUAAUCAUGUUGACAUACUGUACUGUUGUUGGAAUCGAGCUGUUAUUGUGUAGCAAAGGUGAAUUACAGGUUUUUUUUGUUAAUGUAUGUUUUCUGAUUGUACCUCAGGUGUUUUUAUUGAUGCUGUUACUUGGAUAGAUCCCUGCAUACUGUAGUUUUUAUUGUUCAGAAUCAUGUACAA